AUGGCGGAUGCAGCGUCGCACGCGGCGGGCUUGAUAGACCUCCUUUCGAAGCUCCAAUCGCGACUAUCACCCGACGAGCUUGGACGGGCGCAGCAGCAUCUGCAAUGGCUGCAGGCUAUCAAGGGAUCUUCCACGUCAGCAGACGAAGCGACGGCUGUGGAGGCUAACCUUCGAGAGAUGAGUGGCGAGGUGGUGAGUAGCAACCCAUACAGUCGUCUCAUGGCCCUGCAGCGCAUGGGCAUCGUGCACAACUACCAAGACAUUCGAAAGUACACCGUCGCUAUUGUGGGAGUGGGAGGAGUGGGCAGUGUGGCAGCGGAGAUGCUGACGCGGUGUGGCAUUGGGCGUCUGCUGCUGUACGACUAUGACAGCGUGGAGCUCGCCAAUAUGAAUCGCCUCUUCUUCCGCCCUGACCAGGUGGGCAUGACCAAGACAGACGCUGCAGUGCAGACACUUCAAGGCAUCAACCCGGAUGUUGGCCUUGAGAGCUACACGAUCAACAUCACGACAGUGGAGGGCUUUGAGCGGUUCACGGCGAGUCUGACUCACCCGUCAGAGCGCAGCAAGAGCCGCGUGGACCUGGUGCUGUCGUGCGUUGAUAACUAUGAGGCACGCAUGGUCGUCAAUCAGGCAUGCAACGAGCUGAAGCAAGUGUGGAUGGAGUCGGGAGUGUCAGAGGACGCAGUAUCAGGCCACAUCCAGCUUCUCAUCCCGGGAGAAACCGCCUGCUUCGCCUGUGCUCCUCCUCUGGUGGUGGCAUCGGGAGUGGAUGAGCGCACGUUGAAGCGGGAGGGCGUGUGUGCGGCGUCUCUGCCCACCACCAUGGGCAUCAUUGCAGGGCUGCUCGUGCAGAACACCCUCAAGUUCCUCCUGCGCUUUGGACCCGUCACUCCCUACCUUGGCUACAGUGCACUGAAGGAUUUCUUCCCCACCAUGCGCAUGCUGCCCAACCCCCAGUGCACCAACGACAUGUGCCGCAAGCGACAGUCCGACGCCCAGCGCUGCAUGGCACGGUCAUGGUCACCACGUGUCACUGGUCUAAGGGACCUUGUGCUCCUGCUCGCACCUGUGCUCUCUCUCUCCCUACUGCCCUCUGCUGCUUACCUAUCCCUCUGUCCGACAUGUGUCGUUGAGGACGAUGCUCCAGCUGCAUCGACUGCUGCAUCGGCAUCAUCAGCGGCAGCGCCAUCAUCUUCGCAAGCAGAGCAGCUGCCAGAGGGACUCCUGCGUUCCUUGCCUCAAGCAGACGAGGUGGCUGCUUCUGCAUCAGCUGAGGAGGCAGCGUCUUUCUUGGAAGCGUCAGUGCUCAGUGCUCGGGCAGUCGUCCGUGGUGUUGCAUGGCCUGUGCAGCCUCCGGACUUACGCUUCGUGCAACCGCCGCGUGGCAGCAAUCCAUUGGCGGGCGAGCAGCCGUUAACGCGUCUCGCAGGUCGUACUUGUCGUCGCUCCGAAGAUUCUCGUUGCCCGCGUCGGUCCACGCGACAUCCGCCAAGCCCUCCUGCCUCUCUCCCGCCUCUCCAUCCUCUCUGCAUCAUCCGUGGCCUUUUUUUCCUUGGUCUCCCUCCCGAUUCAUCACCCCUUCUUUCCCAGCACCAGCGCGUGUCUGUUCACGCUAUGGCAGCGGCACCAGAAGCAGCAGCGGCGGCAACGGCGGCGGCGACAGCGGAGAAGGAGUCAGCGAGCAAUAACCCGGGGCUGGUAGAGGAUGUGGAUCCCGCCACCAGCAAAUACAUCAUGCAGCAGACGAUGUAUCGCAUCAAGGACCCCAAGGCCAGUCUGCACUUCUACUCCUCUGUGCUUGGCAUGAGACUGCUGAAGCGCCUCGACUUUCCAGAGGCAAAGUUCUCCCUCUACUUCAUGGGCUACGAGCAACCGGAGGAGAUCCCAAAGACGGAGGAGGAGAGGGUGAAGUGGCUGUUCACGCGCAAGGCCACCAUCGAACUCACACACAACUGGGGCACGGAGUCAGACCCUGAUUUCAAGGGCUACCACAAUGGCAACUCGGACCCCAGGGGCUGGGGCCACAUUGGUUUGAUGGUGGACGAUGUGUACAAAGCCUGUGAGCGGUUUGAGAAGCUGGGUGUUGAGUUUGUGAAGAAGCCCGACGAGGGGCGCAUGAAGGGCCUGGCGUUCAUCAAGGACCCCGAUGGCUACUGGAUCGAGAUCCUCGACUCGCACCACAUGGGCCAACUGCUCUCUGCCUGA